AUGGAAAAACGCUCGAAAUAUUUUACCAAAGUGUCAUCCAAUCCUUCAAAAACCAGUGCGGUAUUUGGCUAUAUCUCCUUGAUAUGCUUAUCCAUAUCCAUACUAUCGCUGAUAGCCACGCUUAUCGUUUAUAUAAUACUACCAAAUCUACGAACACUGCCGGGCCUAAAUAUUAUGUCAUUGUCUACAUGGUUACUGAUUUCCAGUUCGCUGCUGUUUGCUAAUAAUUUUGUUACUGUUGAUGUUGAAUGGCUCUGUAAAACACUCGGGUUUUUACUUCAUUUUAGUUUGCUGUCCGGAUUCGGUUGGAUGUUCAUAUGCACGUUUCAUAUAAUGCGAACGUUCACCAGUUUGACUAACCAUAGCAAGAAUGCACCAAUUCCAUACAGUACAUACGUAAGAUACGUGGCUGUCGCGGAGAUUUUGGCGAUAGUUCUGUCUGCUUCUCAUGUAAUAGUAUCAAUGAAAACAAAUAACACAUUUGGCUAUGGCGGUCAUCCUUGUUACCUCACCAAUCCACGGAUGAACCUGUUCUUUGUUGCAAUUCCUAUUUCUGUAGUGAUGGUAACUAAUUUGGUCAUGUUCAUUUCCGUUAUCGUAAAACUUAUGCGUCUCCCUCAAUUGAACGGUACAAAAUCUCGCGAGAGAAAUAAUAUAACAAUAUUCAUCAAACUGUCAACAAUCACUGGCAUGGCAUGGAUAUUUGGGAUCGUUUAUGAGCUAACCGACGUAGAGUUGUUUGGAUUUCUUUUCAUAAUUUUCAACGCCAGUCAAGGCGUUUUGAUUAUGUUCUCAUUCGUGAUAAACAAACGUGUUGCCAGCUUGCUCUUCAAAAACACAUUCGCUGCGCCCAAAAGCUUGUCCACAAAUCAAACUAAAACUCGUCCCACCAAGGAAAUGGCCCAGGCUUCUCAACACGUGACGUAG